AUGAGCUACAAUAUUUCAUCCGAAGAAUCACUGCGUGAACCCAGAAAAGGGGAUCCUGCACAUACCAAAAAAGACCAAACUCAUUCAAAACUCAAUGCCAAGUUCGCUCCGGACUCGCCGCGUGGCCGGCGAGAGAGUUCCAAUGCCCUCAACCCGCCAUCCAAACCCGACCCGAAUCCAGUGCCGGCAAUCGACGUCCCACCACCAUGCGACCCCAAUAAGAAGACAGACGCACACCCACCCCCCACCGCCGGCAAAAUUAUCUGUACAAAGUAUUCCCCAAACCCCAACCCCAACCCGCGCGGCUGCGGGUACAGCCGCAGCGAUAGCCUGGACAGUUCGACGGGGGCGCCGUCCAGUCUGAAGCCCCACACGGGUGGCGACGUCAGAUGGGACGCCAUAAACAUAGCGAAGGCGAAGGAAUCGCCGAUCGGGCUGAGCCAUUUCCGGCUGCUGAAGCGGCUGGGGUACGGAGACAUUGGGAGCGUGUACCUGGUGGAACUGAGAGGGAGCAGCACGUACUUUGCGAUGAAGGUGAUGGACAAAGGAUCUCUCGCCAGUAGAAACAAGUUGCUGAGGGCACAGACAGAGAGAGAGAUCCUCGGUCUCCUCGACCACCCCUUCCUACCCACUCUCUAUUCUUAUUUCGAGACCGACAAGUUCUACUGCUUGGUCAUGGAGUUCUGCAGUGGCGGCAAUCUCCAUUCCCUUCGCCAGAAACAACCCAACAAGCAUUUUACGGAGGAAGCAGCUCGAUUUUAUGCGUCAGAGGUGUUGUUAGCGCUAGAGUACCUACAUAUGCUGGGGAUUGUGUACAGAGACCUGAAGCCAGAGAACGUGCUGGUGAGGGAUGAGGGUCACAUUAUGCUUUCUGAUUUUGACCUCUCCCUCCGCUGCUCCGUCAGCCCAACCCUCGUCAAGUCAUCCUCCGUGCACGUCAGCUCCAGCACGGCGGCCGGCAUCGGUGCCAGCGUGGGCAUCAUCGACGACGAGCAGGCGAUUCACGGCUGCAUGCAGCCGUCGAGCUUCCUCCCGCGCAUCCUGCCCUCCAAGAAGAACCGCAAGUCCAAAUCCGACUUCGGGCUCUUCGUGGGGGGGUCCCUGCCGGAGCUGAUGGCGGAGCCGUCGAACGUGCGAUCGAUGUCGUUUGUGGGGACCCACGAGUACCUGGCGCCGGAGAUCAUCCGAGGGGAGGGCCACGGCAGCGCCGUCGACUGGUGGACCUUCGGGAUCUUCUUGUACGAGCUCCUCCACGGAACGACGCCGUUCAAGGGGUCGGGCAACCGCGGAACGCUCUUCAACGUGGUGGGGCAGCCGCUGCGCUUCCCCGAAACGCCGGCUGUAAGUUUGACGGCGCGCGAUCUCAUACGGGGCCUGCUGGUGAAGGAACCGCACAAGCGAAUUGCGUACCGGAGGGGGGCGACGGAGAUCAAGCAGCACCCGUUUUUUGAGGGCGUCAACUGGGCGCUGGUGCGGAGCGCGAUGCCACCGCACCUGCCGGAGCCUGUGGACUUUGCGCAGUACGCCAGCAAGGAGGCGGUGCACGCGGAGAAGAAGGCAGCGGCAGUGGUUGGCGUAGGCAGGAAGAAGAGCAGUCCUCCCAAUACAACUACUGAGGAUGAGUCUCCUUACAUUGAUUUUGAGUACUUUUAG